CCUCAUACCAUGACAUCUAACUGCUGUGUCACUACCACUAGUUCUCUGGGGACUGGCAAAAGCUGUACCAGAGCUGCCUCAGUCUGUUCCACUGGCAUGAGCUGCCGACCUGAGGCCUGCAUGUCCUACGUCUGCCAGCCCAUGGGCUAUGUGCCCAGUGUCUGCCUGCCUACUACCUACCGGCCAACCAGCUGCCUCUCCAAGACCUACUUGUCAUCUUCCUGUCGACCAAGCAGCUGUCGUCCAUCCUGCUCUUUACCAGGAAGCUGUGGCAUCCCUUGUUCUGUGGGGGGCUGCAACUGGUACUGUGAGGGCGUCUUCAAUGGCAAUGAGAAGGAGACCAUGCAGUUCCUCAAUGACCGCUUGGCCAACUAUCUGGAGAAAGUGCGCCAGUUGGAACAAGAGAAUGCUAACCUGGAGAGUAAGAUUCAAGAAGCCUGCCAAUCUCAAAUGCCCACCAUGUGUCCUGAUUAUCAAUCUUAUUUCAGGACUAUUGAGGAACUCCAGCAGAAGGUUCUGUGCACCAAGGCAGAAAAUGCCAGGAUGGUUGUGCAGAUUGACAAUGCUAAGCUGGCUGCAGAUGAUUUCAGAACCAAGUAUGAGACAGAGGUGUCCCUGCGCCAACUGGUUGCUGACAUCAAUGGUCUGCGUAGAAUCCUGGAUGAACUGACUUUGUGCAAGGCUGACCUGGAGGCCCAAGUGGAGUCCCUGAAGGAGGAGUUGCUCUGCCUCAAGAAGAAUCACGAAGAGGAAGUCAAUGCACUUCGCUGUCAACUUGGGGACCGGCUCAACAUUGCAGUGGAUGCCGCUCCUCCAGUUGACCUGAACAGGAUGCUGGAAGAGAUGAGAUGCCAGUAUGAGACUGUGGUGGAGAACAAUCGCAGAGAUGUGGAGGAGUGGUUCAAUGCUCAGAUGGAGGAACUUAACCAGCAAGUGACCACAAGCUCGGAGCAGCUCCAGAGCUACCAAUCAGACAUCAUUGAUCUGAGGCGUGCCAUUAAUGCUCUGGAGAUUGAACUGCAGGCCCAGCAUAGCAUGAGAGAUUCUCUGGAAAAUACUCUAAAUGAAACAGAAGCCCGCUACAGUUCUCAGCUGGCUCAGAUGCAGUGUAUGAUCACUAAUGUGGAGUCCCAGUUGGCUGACAUUCGCUGUGAUCUGGAGAGGCAGAACCAGGAAUAUAAAAUUCUCUUGGAUGUCAAGGCUCGCCUGGAGUGUGAGAUUGCCACAUAUCAAAGCCUUCUGGAGAGUGAAGACUGCAAACUUCCCUGUAAUCCAUGUACCACUCCCUCUUCCUGUACUCCAUGUGUACCCCGAACCAUCUGUGUACCCCGCACUGUCUGUGUGCCAUGCACGCCUUGCACCCCGAUGAGCCGGUACUGAAGUCUUCAUUGAAAUAAAGGAGAAUUCAAGUUAGAUAAAAUUUUUGGUGUCUCUUGAGACCUCUGGCCAAUCAAGAUCAAUAAGAUAGCAUGCACAAUGCCUGGCAGAUGACUGAAGCUUCCUCAACGAGAUGUUAUCACACACUAAGUUUUUAUCCUCCAAACUGUACAUUUUGUCUUUUCCUUGGUUGAAACAUAUUUCCAUCAGAGUGGUUUCCAUUUUCUUUGCUAUUUCAGAACUUCCAGAGAGAAGUUAGUUCCAGCUGCUAAUUGGGUAAUAAAGAAAGCUAUCUUCAGGGACUCAACAAACACAAAUUUCUGUCUAAGUCAUUUGUAUGGCUGUAUUCCUUGGGCAGGUUUGUGCCUUUGGAUUCCUAAGAAUGGGUUAGCAUAACUUCUGAUUUCAGUCAAUUCACAAGUAUUUGGUGAGAAUUUACAAUGUGACCCUAUAUCAGGUGCUGGGAAGAUAUGGGAUGGAGUAAAGGAGACAAAACAAAAAUGAUUUAUGAUUUUGGCUUACAGUAAGUUAUAAUAUAAAUACACCUGUAAAAAGACUUCAAACAAACUGAAAACCAAAUACCAACAACCCCAAACAAAACAACAAAUAUUACAACAUAAAGUCAUAACUGUCAAGUACCUAAUAAAUAACAUGGCAUGGUAGAAAGGAAUAUUCUAUCUCAAGUCAGAUGUAUAAUAGGCUUCUUGUCUCUGUUCCAGUGUUUACUAGAGCAUGGGGUCUCAAUUUCUCUAUAGAAUGAGGAUGUUGGACUAGAUUUAAGGACCCUUCCAAUCCUAAAUUUGAUCCAGAUGUAGGUGGGAUAAGAGGGCUGAAGAAGAAGCUGCUUGGAAUAUUCAGAGAAAGCUUUGGCGUAGAUAAGAUUUGAAGAGGGUUGAAGAGAUGGAAAGAAGGAUUUUUGACUUCAGAAUAAGAGCUGAGUAUUCCAGGUGGGCCAAGGGGCAUGAGAAAAGAUAUGUGGGGAGGAAAGCACAAAGUAUUCUGGAUAAGAAAAUUAGUAUGGGUAGAGUGGAGAUCUUCUGUAGGGGAGUAAUCAAAAAUAAGUCUCUAACAAUAGAUUGGGUGUGGUGAUUCAAGGCAAUUCUAAUAGACUAGUGAUGGAAAGCACCAUCUGCAUCUAGAGAGAGAACUAUGGAGACUGAAUGUGGAUCAAAGCACAGAAUUUUCAUCUUGGGUUUUUUUUUUAAUGUUGUUGUUUUUUCUUUUUAGUAUUUUUUCCCCUUUGAAGUGAUUUUUCUUGCUCAGCAUGAUGAAUAUGAAAAUAUGUUUAGAAGAAUUGCACAUAUUUAACUUAUAUUGGAUUGCUUGCUUUCUUGGGGAGGGUGAAGGAGGGGAGAGAGGGAGAAAAAUUUGAAAAACAAAUUAUUGCUAAGGUGAAUGUUGAAAAUUAUCUUUGCAUGUAUUUGGAAAAAAUAAAAUAUUAUUAAAAAAAAGAUUGAUUGGGUCCAGGCAAUUGAAGAUCUUGAGUGUUAGGUUGCAGAUCUUGAAUUUUAUCUUAUGGAUAACGGGGAGGCUUUUAAAGGUUUUGAGCUGGAAAAGGAGAAUAUAAAAACAAUACUUUCCCAAGUGGGAUUGAAGAGGGAAGAGAUUAGUUAGGAGGUAUUAGUAGUAAUUCUGAUGUGAGGUGAUGAGGGUGUGGACUAGGGUGGUGAUGAGAUUUAAGGGACUUGGUGAAAGAUGAACCAACAGAGCUUUGCACUAAUUGAUAGGUUGGGGUAGUGAAAGGAAGAAGAGAAUUAACGGAAUCUUUGGAAAAGGUAGAGAUUACUAAUGUUACUUUGAAACAGCUAUUAAAAUGCACCACACAAUAAGCAGGGAUCAUGUUUCUAUUCAGAUUUUGCUCUCUGACCUUCCCAAAUAGUUUGAAUAAUAUCUUACACUGCUUGAGGUGUUCCAAGAACAAAUUUACACGCAAUGUUUGGCAAUUGAGGCCAUCUACCUAAAAGAUGGUAACAAAAGCAUGCUUUGCUUGGCCAAUCUACAUAUAGUCAUUAAUUUCAUGGUAAAAUGAAAUUGAUAACUUGGAAUAGGGGGUGAGAAUAGCUGUGGUUAUGCAACAGAAGGUCUGAAUUUAGGAGAAUUUGGUACAAUGGAAAGAGUCUUACCUAGCUUUGCAGUCAGAGAGUGUUGCCGCUCAGUCUUUUUCAGUCAUGUUUGAUCCAAAUGGAGUUUUCGUGGCAAAGACAUUUAAGUUGUUUGCCAUUUCCUUCUCCAGCUCAUUUUACAGAUGAGGAAACUGAGGCAAACAGUGUUAAGUGACUUUCCCAGGAUCACAUACCUAGGAAGUAAGUAUCUGAGGCCAUAUUUGAACUCAAAUCUUCCUGCUUCUAGGCUGAUACUCUAUUUACUAUGCCACCUAUCUAGUCAGAGUACCUAACUUCACAUACCCUUUCUAGGCUUUACUAAACUAAGGGAGUAGGAUAAUAUGGCCUUUGAGGUCCUUCCAAGCUUUAGGCUGGUGAUUCAAUGAUUUGUUUAUGAAUUCAAGCAUGGACACCACAAACUUAAAGACAUUGGGUAAGAUACCUAAUCUCUAUUGGCUUCAUUUUCACCAUUAGUAAAAGUGAGGAGAUUAAAAAGGAUGAUUUCUGAGAUCUCUGUCAGCUCUAAAUCUUUGUUCUAAUGAUCCUGGCUAAUUGAGCAUGAAUUUU